AUGUCGGACGAGCAGAAGCAAGUCGAGUCUAACUCUCAAGCUCAGGUACCCGAGGAUGCCGCGCUUGAAGCAGCUCCAGAAAUCCCAGAAACCAGCCAGGCAGAGAGGACAUUGGCACAACAAGUGGCUGAAGAUGAAUAUCUGAUGUACCAACAGAGUUGUAAGCAAUAUCAGGAUAUUGAGGAUGAGGUAAGUUACUUUUGUUGAGUCUACUACAAUAUCUUUGUAUUUUAUGAUUCUUGACCAAAUUAAUUUUAAACGUUACAGAUUAGGAAAACACAGAUGUUAUGCGCCCCUAAAGAGACGAUAUCUGAUCUAAUCGAAAGUUACGAUCCAGUAACUUCACCUAAAUACCGGGCACGAGCUACUGUAAGUUGUGAUAUUGGUGUAUAUUAUGUUUUUAGGAUCUGUCAGAAAAGUACUCGCAUCUGAGGAGGAUUCGUGGUGACGGGAACUGCUUCUACAGAGCAGUUCUUACUGCAUUAGCAGAAAAGAUGUUUUACGACCAUGAAUUGUUGAAAAAGUGAGUUGUAAUGUUAUGUUAGGUUACUUUGAUGUUUAGAUUCACCGAACGCACAAAGGAAUGGCGAGGAAGGUUGAUUAGACAUGGAUUUCCUGAAUUGACUACUGGCGAUUUUUGUGAUGCUGUAAGUUGUUUUUGUUAUGCUUUAUAUUAUUUAAUUCAGGUUUUAAGUUUUUUGUCAUUGAUGUUGUACAAGGUUUAAGGAAACCGUUUUUGUAGAAUACAAGAUUAAAUUCCUAUAUUUUUAUUGUUUGCAGAUCGAAGGUUUGAUACGUACCGCCGAGCUAGGAAACGAAAGUUUCUUGAACGACGAUCUUAACAACGACUCUGUAGCCAACUAUUACGUAGCGUAUCUUCGGUAUGUUAACUAUUAUUUGUUUUAAAUAUUCAUUUUUAGAUUAGUAGCGUCUGGGCACCUCCGUGAGAAUGAACCACUAUAUAGUGGUUUUAUCGAAGGCAGCAGGUCGUUGGAUCAGUACUGUAAAGAUGAAAUAGAACCAAUGUGGAAGGAAGCUGACCAUAUUGCCAUAAUUGCUCUAGUCAACGCAUUAGGUAAGCAUUUGAUGGAUUUUUCUAUAACCAUACUGUAAUUACUAACUUUUUUUAAAAUUACGUAGAAUUUAAUUUCUUACUCCUCAUGUGUCGCUAAGAAUUCUUUUUCACCCAAAUAGUACCAUGAUUAAGCUUAAUAUUUCUUGUUUUAAUUUCAGAAAUCAAAAUUCAAAUCGAGUACAUGGACCAGAAUGCAGAUGGAGGAAUGACCUACAUCGUUCCCGAUGGCUGCACUCCUCAACUGUUCUUCCUAUACCGCCCUGGUCAUUAUGAUGUUUUAUAUCCGAAAUAG